CGAAAUUCACUAUCUGAAAUACCUCAAGUCUACUCAAAUCUCACCUAAACCAUCAAACUACCAUCAAUCACAAUGUCUGGCCGUGCCGUUCCCGCGCUUGGUGCUAUUGCCGCAGGUGGCAUUGGUUACUACCUGUACACUGCUGGAGGAGAUCCCAAGCUUGCUGAGAAGAAGGCUGAGCACGAUGCCGCAAACGCAGUAAGACGUGUAAAGGGCGACUUCCCUGGCUCAGACAAGGAACUCAAGAAGGCUGGCGAGGAGGGUUACGAGGCAGUCCGCUCAACCGCCCAGCAAUACGCCAACCAAGCCAAGGCCGAGGCACACAAGGCCGAGCAGAAGCUUGACCAGUACAGUGUCGAGGCCAGGAAGAAGUACGAGGAGGCCAAGGCCCAGGCCGAGAGGGAGUUUGCCAGCACCCGCAAGGAGGUCAACUCUGCCGUUGAUACUUUCGACAAGAAAACCAUCGAGGCAACAAAAGAGACCAAGAGCUGGUUCGGUUCGUGGUUCAGAUAGAUGCUGGACUAGGAGACAGACGAUGGAGUAAUUAUCAGGAUGUAGUGAUUGGAAGUAGCAUUGCUGUUUAGCACCGGCGUACGGGGGAGUCGCUUUUAAUCUCAAUGAGACUUACGAUGUUCUUCUGACAAGC